AUUUAAACUUGCAUUUUUUUUUUUAAAAAAAAAAAUAUUCAGAUUUAUAAAUUUAUGCUUUUGAUGAUUAUUACCUGCUAUUGUAAUAAAUUCGAUUAAAUUUAACGACGUUGUGGUGUAGUUUAUGAUCUACCAACUACCAAGUUCUACCGUCUAACUAAUUUUGGAAAUUAAUUUCCUUAUUAAAGUGACGCCUAAGCUAAAAAAAAAACGCCCAAUAAUUCAAUUUUUAUUCUUGUAAAAAAAAAAAAUUGAAUAUGAAUAAGGAAAGUGAAACCCAAGUCCCAAUAGAAUCUGUAUUUAAUAAUUUAAAUAUAUCUAAUAACUCGAAAAUCAUCAACCAUAAAAAUUGUUAUAACGAAAAAUUUAAAAGACCAUGGUGUAAAGAAUGUGUUCCUUCUUGUAUAAUUGAAGGAUGGACUAGUGAAAAUCAUGAUAUUGAUGAAUUUAUUAAGGAUACAAUUUAUGAUUCAAGAUUACGUUAUAUUGAUACUAAUUAUUAUCCAUUAUUUCUUGAAUGGGUACCAUAUGAUAAAUUUGAAGAUAUAAAACAAAUUGGAGUGGGUGGAUUUGCAAAAGUAUAUUCUGCGACAUGGAUUGAUGGUCAAGUAAAAUAUAAAAGACAAGAUGAUGGAAGUUGGAAAAAAGUAAAUUCUGAACCUAUAAAAGUUGCUUUAAAAAUGUUAAAUGGAUCACAAAAUAUGUCAGAUGAAUAUUUAAAUGAGCUUAAAACUCAUUGGAAAUUAAAUAAAUCUUAUAAGAGUUUAUUAACAUUUUAUGGAAUGACUAAAGAUCCUGAAACUAAAGAAUUUAUAAUGAUUACACAAUUUGCAGAAAAAGGAAAUUUGAGAAGUUUUCUUUCAAGUUAUUUUCAUAAGGAUUUUCAUAGUGGAAAUAUAUUAUUGAUUGAUGAUUGGUCUUAUAUUUCAGAUUUUGGAUUAUCUGGUUCAUCAAAUGAACAAAAAUCAGAUAAUAAAAUAUGUGGAGUAUUACCAUAUAUCGCUCCAGAAGUUUUGAAUGGUGAACCAUAUACUUUGUCUUCUGAUAUUUAUAGUUUUGGUGUAAUUAUGGCUGAAUUAUCAUCUGGUAAACCUCCUUUUCAUAAAAGAAAACAUGAUGCUACUUUAGCAUUAGCAAUAUGUAAUGGUCUCAGACCAGAAUUUGGAAAAGGAACUCCUGAAGUUUAUAAAAAAUUAGCUUAUAGUUGUAUGAAUUCCACUCCAAAUCAAAGACCAACAGCAAAUGAUUUAUCUGGUAUAUUAAUUUUUUGGUAUGAUUGUAUUCAUAAUGAAAGUUAUAAAGAAAGAGAAAAAUUCGGUUAUAAAGUAAAAGAUAUUAAAGCAAUGUUUGAAGAAGCUAAUAAAGAAAUACCAAAUAUUUCAACUUCAUAUGAGAUGGACUCUGAUGCUGCUUAUACUAGUAGAGUAUUUACAUUUAAUAAUUUAUCAAAAUCUAAUAAUUCACCUAUCGUUACUUCUUACUCAAAUAGCAGUGAAGAAAAUGAUAAAGAUUGUCAAGAUUCUCAAUUAUUUGAUUUGGAGAUUUCUUAAAAAGUAAGGGGAAUUUUUAAAGUUUAAAAUAUAGUAGAAUGUGUAGUCGUGCAAUACGAAAGAAUAUUAUUAAUCAUUAAGCAUAAGACUAAUUUUAACCCGGGAUGAUUUAACCUGGUAAUUUUAUAUGAAAAUUUAUUAAUUAUAAAAUCACAUGGUCACGACUGUCUUAACAUUUCACAUAUUAUUUAUUUGUUUAUCAAAACAUCAC